AAGUAUCAAUAUUCACAUUAAUAUGUCAGUUAACAAUCGAUAGGCUAGAUUAUUAAUUUCAAUCAGAAUUAGAUCGAAAAUUAGUAACAAAAAUAUAAAUAACGAUAUUUUAGUUAUAUACAACUAAAUGUUGCAUAUUUAUUGAGGUAAACAAACGUUCAACAUCCUAACCUUCAACGCAGUACGUGAAAUAUGAUGUGAUGUGUAUCAAAUAGUUACAAAUUUAUCCACGCAAGUGAUUAAAGAUAAUAUUGUUAUAAAAAACAACGGAAAAAUAUAGGAUAUUCUAACAUAUAUUUUAUAUAUUUUAAUAUAAUAAGAGUGAUGUGUGUACUAUAAUAUCAAUAUUUUAAUACAAGUACUACACAAUCUUCUUCUAAUGCUUUGUCUAACCACAUUGAAAAUGGGAAAUACAAUAGUCAUACGUUCCUUUGCUAAUACUCAGCAAAGAUAUGCAAUGAUCUCUGCAUUAAGACCGGUUAGAAACUGUGUUUAUUUUUCUACCUCUAAAGGAACAUGUUUGAAGAAUCAGCAAGGAUGUCUACAAAAUAUGCAGCACAGUAAUAUAUCAUAUUUCUCGCCACACAAUUAUGUCAAAGCAGAUAACAUGAGAGAAUUUUCUAUGACCUGUGUAUUAGCUAAAGGCAAAGAUCGUGGCAAAGACAAAAAGAAACAAAAACCAAUCCACAUUGACUAUAAUGAAAUGAGUCAAGUUCUUGAUGUUGAUAAGCUAACUGCUCAAUUUGAGAAAACAAUUGAUAUCUUGAAAAAUGACUUCAUCAAACAUUUGUCAUUAAGAUCCAGUAUAGGUGCCAUUGAAGAGUUAACUGUGAAGUUUGAGGGUAAAGAUUAUAUGUUGCAAGAACUUGCACAAAUCAGUCGUAAGCCCAAAAUAAUAGUUUUGAAUGUGUCCACUUUUCCACAAGCUAUUCCUGAUAUUCUGAAGAGUCUUCAAAAAAAUCAGAUGAAUUUAAAUCCACAACAAGAAGGGACUACACUUUACGUUCCUAUUCCAAAAGUAACUAAGGAAUACAGAGAAACUUUAUCUAAGAAUGCAAAAAGUUUUUAUGUGAAAUGCUGCAACAACAUCAGGGAUGUACGCAACAAAGAAAUUAAGACGUUAAAAAGCAAGCCAAACCUAGCUAAGGAUUUGAUAUUUAGGAUAGAGACUUACAUAGAUGCUCUUAGUCAUCAAUAUAUGGGCAUGGCUGAAGAAAUGUUAGAAACUAAAACAAAAGAAUUGUUAGGUGAUUCUGACUAAAAUCGUUUUGUUGUAACAAUUUAUAUAAAUUUUUAUUUGGAAUAUUUACAUAUAAAUUGCAGAUAAUGUACAAAAC